AUGGUUUCGAACGUGUUUCCGUCUCGGCCAGUUGAGGAUCAAUACAACUGUUGCGUCUUAACAUCUGUAGGUCAGUUGCAGAACUUUGCCCACCUCUUUAUAUGCUUAAACGAGUGUUUCGCACUUUCGUUUUGCAUCUUUCCCUGCCUUGCCUCCAGUAUCCUUUUGCAAACCUCCAUCCAGUGGCGUCACCAACCUCAACCCUUCCCUCCAGAGCCCUCUGAUAUGCCCACUCCUGCCAUCCUAGCGAUCGCCAGAGAUGAUCGGAGAGCACCAACUAGGCGCCUCGGUUCCCUCGGGAAUAUGGUUUAUGCCAACGGCUCCAUGCCACACCCUAGUCCCAUUGCCUCCUCUCCCAUAGGCCUGUACCACUAA